UAAUUAUUGCGAUGGCAGGUUGUUGUCAAUGUCCGACCGGCGGCCAGCAGGGCAGGCUGCCGCUGAUCUGUCUGGUGCCGCGAGGCGACGGCGCGGGCACGGCCGCGCCCCCGCCGUCUGCCGCGCCACCCGCGCCUGCCGCGCCCUCCGCAACCUCCGCCGGCGCCCCGGACUUCCCCUUGCUGGACGACGAGUACAUCAAGAAGCACUUCAAGCUACCGCCGCGUCCUCUCUAUCUAGACCCCUUCAGGAGGCCACUCAUCACGUUCCCGACCUCGCAGGAAGCGGCCACACACUUCAACAUGGCGCGCAAGACCAAGAUCAACCAGCAGAUUCUCGACGGGUACCUGGACCCGUCGGAGGCCAUCUCUGCACCUAGCGUGUUUCCAUAUUCGCAAAAGACGAAAGAAGCCGAUAAAACGAAAGCUGAAGAGGAAGAGGUCAUUUACAUCCUGCAACUGCCGGACUGGGAGUUCAAGUGCCCACUGCACGACCAAGUCGUCAAAACACCGAGAUUCAUCUGGCACUCUUGUAAGAAGUCGGAGCGGGAGAAGAAAAGUGGGGAGCCGAAGGCCGGAGGAGGGCCGUUACACCGUCCCAAGCCCUGGCUGCUUAGUCGGCACACGGAUUUCGACAUGUUGUCGCAAUGGUAGCCCCGCAAUCCAUAGACACCCGCAAGACCAGCAACGCAAACAUCUUAUUUGCUAUUAAAAUUGA